AUGCACAGUGAGAAGAGUGCACAGACCCCUGUAACUGGAAGGAGACUUGCAUCUCUUGGGUUAACACCAGCUAAUGUGACUCUGAAGCCUAAGAGAGAUCUUAUCCUUAUGAAAGAGAAAAAGAAACAGAAGACCCUGGAGAAGGAGAUCCGUGCUCUAGUGAGAGAGCGUGGAGAACAGGAUAAAAAGUAUCGGGCUCUGGAUGAGGAAUUCGUUAAGACUGAGGCAAAGCUGAGUGCUGCAGUUCAGGAGAAAACAUCUCUUUUGGCAAAUGUUGCAUGCCUGAAAAAACAGCUUCUGGAACUAAGAAGAACCAAUGAACUACUUAAGUCAAAGCUGUCAGAAGAUGGCAUGCAGAAGAAAAUGAGCAGCCUGUGCAUGGAGUUAAUGAAGCUCAGAAACAAGAGGGAUACCAAGGAAAAGACGGCACUUGCAAAACAGGAGGACAUGGAAAUGAAGCUGCAGGAAGUGCAAAGGCAUCUAGAGCAUUCAAAAGGACAAGUAGCACAGUUAGAAGAAAAACUGUCUGCUACUGAGAAAGAGAAAGCUGAAGACAAGACUGACACUGAAAAACUCCUGGAAUAUAUCACAGAGCUCAGUAGUGUUGCAGAAACUCUUGAGAAAUACAAACAACAAGUUGCCCAGAUGGAGGAGAUGCUGAUACAGAAAGACCAAGAUACUGAGAUCCUGAGAGAUACCCUCUCAAAAAAAGAGGAACAAUCAUAUAAACUGAUAAAAGAACUUAAUGAAAGGUGUCAGUUGCUUCAAGAGGAAAAAGAGAAAGAGUUAUCUGAGACCAGAGGAAAAUUACUGAGCAUGAAUACUGAAACAGAAGAUCUGAAAAAAAAACUUGGCUUAGCAGAACAAGAAAACCAAAAACUGCUUCAGCAACAUGAAGAGAUGGUUUCUCAGCUGCAACAAGAAAAGGCAUCAUCUGCAACAAUGCACCAGAAGUUCCAGGAGUUUCAAGAUGAGGUAACAAGUGAGAGACAUCUUCUUGAAGAAGAGCUGAAUGCUACAAUGAACGAGCUGAAUAAGUUACAUGCUAAGGAGAAGAAAGCUGAGAAGCUGGUGAAGCAGUUGGAACAAGAAAUCAAAUCUCAAGCUCUUGAACUUGCACAGAUAGAAGAAAAGUUGAAAGGGAAGAAUGCUGAGCUAGAGCAAAUCAAUGAAAAGCACAGCAAUACUGUUUCUCAAAUCCAAGAAGAGCACAGUGAUACAUUGUGUAAACUUGGAAAGACUGUUGCUGAGUUUGAAAGCUACAAGAAGAAAACAGCUGAAGAAAUAUGCAGUCUUAAACUGGAGAAUGCGUCACUGCAAGAAGAAGUUGCCAACCUAAAAAAAAAAGGCCAAGAUAACCUACAGCUGGCUUUGGAAGCGGAAUACACUGAAAACAAAGUGGAGGAAGAAUGUGUGAGGAUGCUUUUGGAAGUCCAGGCAGAGCUCACAUUAAAAGAAGCAGAAACAGAAAGAACAGAAGAGCCUUGCCUUGCACAAAUGACUGAACUUCAGGAAAACCUGGAAGAGCAAACUGAAGAUCUGAAACGAAAACUCGAAGUGCAAGGAUUGAGGAAAACCACCAAUGAAGAUGUGAUCUCUACCUUGAAAGAAGAGAGAAAUACUUGGCGUAACCUAUAUGAAGAUUUACAUAAUAAAACUAAGCCUUUUCAGCAACAGCUAGAUGCGUACGAAGCAGAGAAGAAUGUCCUCUUAAGCGAGCACAGCGCAGCCCAAGAAGAACUGAAUAAAUUAAGUGAUGCCUAUGCUAAACUACUUGGACAUCAGAACCAAAAGCAAAAAAUCAAGCAUGUUAUCAAGUUGAAGGAAGAGAAUAAUCACCUGAAACAGGAUGUCUCAAAACUGCGUGCUUUGCUAGCAAAAGAAAAGCAAACCAACAGAGACCUUCAGGAGAAACUAUAUGAAAUCCAGGGCGUGCGCCGUUUUGAUCAUUCCAAAGCUUUCCAACACAAUAGCAAGGAAAACAUUCCUCCUAAAACUUCUCUUAAAGAAG